GGGACGAGUUCAAAGCUCAGACUGAAAGUCAGUCUCACUGAUGUGCGCUCGCUCACGGCGGCGCGCGCUGGAGGGCUGUAAGAGCCAGAGGGAGCGUCUUUCCUCUCGGUUUUCACGACUAAGCCCUGCACAAGUGGAUGGCGGGAGAAGGUCAUGAAGGUAAUCGCUACCUUUAAGCUGGAUUUGGGCGGCUGUUACCGCAGAAGGAGCGCGCCCUGCCCAUCAAUUAUUCAUCCGUUGGGGAAGCGGUGGGAAACGGCGGCACGGCACGUGGCUCCGCACAUCCUCCGUUCUCCGAGCUGCCAUCGGCGAGUCAUGUCCCAGUGUGAGGGCACUUCAAGAAGAGCAGGCGAAGAGGACCAAGGAGGAUGAAGGAGGGUAACGGGCCGGACGAGGCAGAGGAGGAUUAUAAUGAAGUUGAGUGGGAAAGGAGCGUGCGCCGUGGUCUCCAGCAGCCUGCUGUUCGCGUGCGCCGUGAGCGCGGCAGUGGUCGGGUUCGAGUGUCUUUCUCUGGGAGCCAAAGUGAAGGCGCACUUCCAACUGAGCGCGGCUGCCGGCGCGUUUUACUCGGGAAUCCUGCUCGGACUUGGACAGGCACUGCUGGCUAUGGCGUUGCUUUGCUGCAGGGGCAAACCUGCUUGUCGCAAUUUUUUCCUCUUCGGGCUUCUCGUGUUUCUACUCGGCGUGCUCACGGCGUUCUCGGGCGCAGUGGUGGACGGCGACGCCGUGUCGCUCGUGGAGCGGAAGUACUCGCGGUACUGUUUGGACACAGUGGAUGUACCUGCGGCAUGCGGGCGCCUCAAGGAUUACCAGCGCGGCCUGGUGGCGUCCACCGUGCUUAACGCGCUCGAGUGCCUCAUUGGGCUUGUAAACCUUGUGGUGAUUAAACGCUACCAGGCGGCUCAGUUUUACCGGAGGCGCCGAGCGCAGAGGCGCAGCGCGCGCGCCGUCCUGCUCGCCGAAGAGCGCGAGCUCUCAGUGGCCGCUGACUUCAGGUCGGUCUCCUACAUCAGCCUGGCGGUGUGCGGCUCCCAGGUGCGGGAGGACGGUGCGGAGGCGCGAAAAAGCGGCCACCCGUCUAUCGAACUACCAGGUUACGCGCCUGCCCCAAACGAGCUCCACCACGUGUGCGGUUUCUCCUACCCGCCUGCUAACGACUCGCCCCCGGCCUACGAGGACAUAUUCCCCGGAGAAAGGAGGAACAAAGUGUUGGACUGUUAAAGUAGAGAGAAAGCCUAUAUACAAAAACACUUCUCUAAAGCUGCAGUGACAAUCACUGACGAUUUUUCCUCUGGACAUCAGACGCACGCGUGUUAGCGUCUGUCUCUUUUCUCUGCUAAAAAUAAGCUGAUUGUUUUAACACAUUGCUCCCUUCUUCAUGCGAAGCGAGCAAGUAAGUACACGCUACACUCAGUGAACUGAAAUGGUAAGAGAUAUAUUCCGAUCAUAAAUAUAAAGACCUGAUGACUUUUAACACGGCGUUUGUUUUCAACCUCUGAUUGUACACAACAUCUUAUGACCAUGUAAGU